AUGUUGACGCCCAACAAGACCGAUCCUGCUGCCCUGAUCAGUGAUAGCAGGAAACGCAUAGAUGAAGAGAUUACCAGGAAACUCCAGGACACUCCUGAGAAGAAGUCGGAGCCAGCAGUUUCCGGAAGUAGCCGUGAACAGGAGCGAUCAAAGCAAUUACCAAUAUCCGUAACACCUCCGGUUCGAAAUACCCCUGACAUCCAGCUGGAAGCCAAAGAAGGGGAAAGAACACCGGAGAUGCUUCACGCUUUUGAGGACAAGUUGAUCUCACCGGCAAGAGGUCCUUUGGAGGCUCAGAAAGAGAGCCCGGCGCCGCAGCCCGUCACUCCCCAUCAGGAAUUCAAGGAGCCACAGCCCACUGUGGCGAGCGCAGUGGGCCCUACUGAAGAAAAGUUCCAACAGGGAGUACUCGGAACUAUAAGCCAGAGUGAGAAUUCUGCAGAAAAACCUCAACAAGGAGUACUCGGAAUUGUUAGCCAGGGUGAAAACUCGGCAAUGUCCGCGAGAGCGAACCCUGAAAGGUCCCUCGAGGAGAAGAUUGGGUUAGAGACACCUACACUGAGCAGUAGCCUGGCGCAGCUUGUAAAGCAAAUUACCAGAACUCCGCCACCAAAAGCAGAGGAAAAGGUAGUGGAGCCCAAAGACGUAUCACUUGGCAGCACAGAGAAGCAACCGGCUGGUGAGAUCGCCACGCCUAAAUCAGUGCCGGCUCAAGAGACUCCAUCUGGCAGUCACUCGCAGGCGCAGUCGGAUCAGGUGUCGAGCAGAACUUCGAAGAUGGAAAAGAAUAAAGCGCAAUCAGAGGUUUCCAUGGGCAGGAGCCAUCAGGAUCAACAGCUAGGAGGGACACAAACUCCACCAGAGAAGCAGAGCCAUCAACCUUUCUUGAUCAGCGACAGGCAGGAUCAUCAGCAGGAUUCUGAUCUUGUGGCCACUAACAGCCAUCGAGAAAAGUGGUUCAAAGGCAUUGAUAAAUCUGAGAAGAAAGGGCUGGAGCAGGGGGUUGCGCACGAUGACCAGGAAGUCACCACAGCAAAGGCAAAGACUCCAGAACCGAAACCUGCAGAAUUUUCACUGGCCAGCAUGUUUCCAUCUCUGUUUGGCCGGAGCGCAUCUACUGACGAAAACACUUCUGGCUCCGAUGCCACAGCGUCCAGGCCUCCAGCACCAGUCCAAAGAACGUCUUCGUUCAGUUAUCCCGAGCCACCGACGAGACCAAAAGAUCCGAGACGUGAUGUCGUACGAUUCCGAUCAGACUAUGCCAAUAGGUACGCACUUGGCAGCAGGCACACGGUGGAUUUCUUCAGCGGUUCAUACGACGAUGUGAGUCAUUCAGUAACCAUCCCCUCCGGUCUGAUCGACUAA